AUGGAAAAAUGGAAAUCAGUACCCGAUAAAGAACUUUCAAAAUCUGCAAUCGAUACUCUAAGCGCUAUGUCGAAGGGCCUUUAUCCAAACAUUUGGUGUUUACUAUCCAUACUUGCAACACUCCCAGUGUCGACUUCGUCAGCAGAACGUACUUUUUCAACUUUAAGACGAUUAAAAAACUAUUUGAGGAAUAGCUGCAGCGAUGAUCGUCUAACAGGUUUAGCUUUAUUGUCAGUCCACCGGAGUAUCUCAAUAAAUAUUGAAGAAAUAAUCAAUACUUUUUCCAAAAUGCCACGCGAGGUUGAUUUAAUAAUUUAA